AUGAUUGAAGAACAACAAGUACCACUUCAAACAAUAUCAGCUGAUGUAGUCGAAACAUCUGAAAAAUCUUCAUUAUCUAUUUUUGAAACUCUAUGGCAUCGAUUACGUGAACAUUCGGGAAUUUGGUAUAUGUUAGCAGCAAAUAUGCUAUUUGCUUGUUGUAUAUUUGUAUUAAAACUUAUUCCAGCUGAUAUGUUUGAUAUAAUGAUUGGUCGAUUUUUGAUACAAUCAAUUGUAUUUGGUUCAUAUGCUGCUUUUUAUAAACAUUAUAAUGUAUUUACUACUAAUGGACAACCUAUUGCAUGUACAUUGAAUAUGUUAAUGUCAAGUGGAACAAAUUUAACAUAUUUAGCUGCAUUUUAUUUUCUUCCAUUGUCGGAUGUAAAUGCUAUCAAAUAUACAUAUAUUGUUUGGGCGGCAAUAUUAUCAGUUAUAAUUUUUAAAGAACGCUUUAAAUUUAUAAAUGCUAUUGCAUUAAUAUUGACAAUAUGUGGAUUAAUACUUGCUACAAAACCUCAAUCUUUAAUAAAAAUUUUCAUUCAUUCAUCUGAUCAAUCAACAAUAUCUACAAAUACAACAAAAUCUACAACUACAAUAAUAUCUUCUACAGUUACGAGUUCAUUCUAUUAUCAUUUAGGUAUUAUUUUCGCUUUCACAUCAUCAUUAACAAAAGCUGCACAAAUGACGGCGAGAAAGCAAUUAGUUAAAAAGAAACAACCAUAUUCUGUUAUGAAUUUUCAAUUUACAGCAUUUGCUUUAGUUGUUGCAGUGAUUUAUAGUCUUAUUCGAAGAUUUUGGCAAUCAGAUCCAUAUCCAUGGAAAUGGAUAUCUACAGCUGGUGUUGCUAUUGGAUGUUGUCAUUUAAUAACAAAUACAUUUUAUGCUAAAGCAUUAAAAAGAGAAAAUCUUCAACUAUUAUCUAUACUUGGUACACUUGAUAUAGUUUAUGCUUGUUUAUUGCAAUAUAUAUUUUUUCGACUUACAAGACCUUGGAUGUUUUAUAUCGGAGCUUCAUUUAUUGUUACAUCAGCGAUUAUACUUUCAAUAGAUACUUAUUUAACGAAUAAGAAAUCAAAGAACAAUAAAAAUCAGAAGAAUGAUAUUUAA